GCGGAGGACCGGGACCCCGUAGCAUGCGUUACACGGCACCGAGAACACCCCGCGUUUCCCAGCCGCACACUCACAUGUACCGACCGUAAACAUGUGGAUACCGACGGAGCACGAGAAAUACGGCGUCGUGCUGGCCAGUUUCCGAGGGACUGUCCAGCAUGGCCUGCCGUUGGAGAUCGGAGACACGGUGCAGAUCCUGGAAAAAUGUGAAGGCUGGUACAGAGGGUUCAUCCUGAAGAAUCCAAAUGCUAAGGGGAUUUUCCCAUGCAGCUACAUCCACUUGAAGAAUGCCCAUAUCAAGAACAAAGGGCAGUUUGAGACGGUCAUCCCGACAGAAGACUCGGUCAUCACGGAGAUGACGUCAACCUUAAGAGACUGGGGGGCGAUGUGGAAACAGCUCUAUGUGAAAAAUGAGGGAGAUCUGUUCCACCGGCUCUGGCACGUGAUGAAUGAGAUCCUGGACCUGAGGAGGCAGGUGUUGGUGGGACACCUCACCCACGACCGCAUGAGGGACGUCAAGCAGCACAUCACUGCCCGCCUCGACUGGGGCAACGAGCAGCUUGGCUUGGACCUGGUCCCGAGGAGAGAAUUCAGCAUGGUGGACCCCGAUGAAAUCAGCGUCACAGAACUUUACAGACUUAUGGAACAUCGACAUCGUAAGAAGGAGACGCCAGUGCCAGCCAGCACUCACCACCUGUUUGUUCAUAUGAAGAGUCUGAUGAGUGCCAACCUGGGGGAGGAACUAGAGGUCUUCUUUCACAUCUAUGACGGACGGGAAAAUCGCCCGCUCAGUGAAAGGUUCUUUGUCAGACUGAAUAAGAGCGGAGUGCCCAAGUCGCCAGAGAAGACAGAAAGACAAUGUACUCUCUUUGUGGACUUGGGAAGCAGUGAUCUGAGAAAGGAUGUCUACAUUGUUGUGCACAUCAUAAGAAUAGGGCGGAUGGGCGCAGGGGAGAAGAAGAACAUAUGUAAUGUACAGUACAGGCGGCCAUUCGGCUGUGCGGUGGUGAGCAUCGCGGACCUCCUCACUGCUGACUCUAAGGAUGACCACCUGCUCAAAGUUUAUGCGUGUAACACAGAGAGCGAGUGGCACCAGAUUCAUGAGAAUAUCAUCAAGAAGGCCAAUUCCAGAUACAACCUGUCCGGCUCCAACACAGGCCUGGCGGUGGCUCUCCAGCUCCUCCAUGGAGACAUAGAGCAGUUGAGGAGGGAGUACAUGGUCCUCUUCACCAGGGGUGUCUCCAUUACCAGGAAACUGGGCUUCUCUGAUGUCAUAAUGCCUGCCAAGGACAAGGGAGAAAAGAAGCUGUUUGGGUUCUCCUUCGUUCCCCUGAUGCAGGAGGACGGCAGGACGCUGCCGGAUGGAACCCACGAGCUCAUCCUCCAUAAGUGUGAGGAGAACGCCAGCCUGGCGGACUGUAGCCGUUACCUCAAGCUUCCCUUCUCCAAAGCCAACCUUCCUUCCAACAACCAGAGUCUGAAGGGCACCAAGGAGUCCUUCUGGAUUACCAGCUUCCUCUGCUCCACCAAGCUUACACAGAAUGGUGACAUGUUGGACCUGUUGAAGUGGAGAGCUCACCCUGAGAGGAUUAAUGACAGCCUCUCUAAGCUGAAGGAGAUAGAUGGCUCUGAGAUAGUGAAGUUUCUGCAAGACACCCUGGACACCUUAUUUGGUAUUCUGGAUGAGAGCUCCCAGAGAUAUGGACUCAAGGUGUUUGAUUGCCUGGUCCAUAUCAUCAAUCUCCUCCAGGACAGUAAAUUCCAGCAUUUCAAACCAGUCAUGGACACCUACAUCGAAAGCCACUUUGCUGGAGCUUUGUCCUACAGGGAUCUGAUCAAAGUACUUAAAUGGUAUGUGGACCGCAUUGUUGACGCAGAGCACCAGGAUCACAUACAGCAGGUGCUAAAGGCCAGCGAAUACAUCUUCAAGUACAUCAUCCAGUCCCGUCGCCUCUUCUCACUGGCCACAGGUGGCCAGAAUGAGGACGAAUUUCGUGUCUGUAUCCACGAGCUCUUCAUGUCCAUACGCUUCUUCCUCUCCCAGGAGAACAAGGGAUCCAGCCCCGUCACACAGACACAGGCGGUGUUCCUGCGGACGUUUCCUGCGAUUUACGGAGAGCUUUUGAAGAUCUUCACAGUGCGGGAGGUGGCAGGGUUCGUCCGGGAGACCCUGGGCAGCCUGUCUGCCACAGCUCAUGCUGAAUGCCCCCUGGAGGCUGUCAAACUGCAAUGCAUCGUCAAGACGGUGGAAAGCCAGCUGUACACCAACCCAGAGUCGAGGUGCAUCCUGCUGCCGGUGGUGCUGCGUCUUCUUCAGGCCCACAUGCAGGAGCAGAGAGACCUGGUGAUGUGUGCCCGUAUCCUCACCAGCAUGCUGUCUCUCAUCAAGAAGGAGGAGAACGGCACCACGGUGAGCACUGAGCCUGCGGUGGCAGAGGAGGUGGAGCUGAUAGUGGAAAGCCUUCUGGGAGUAUUACUGAGGACCAUCUUGGAGAUCGCCAAUCGACCCCAACCAGCUGGACCCACCCUGAGGCUGCAGUUCCAGGACGUCACUGGGGAGUUUGUUGCCUGCUUGCUGGCCCUGCUGCGACAGAUGAGUGACAGACACUAUCAGCAGCUCCUGCAAGCCUUCACAAGCAAAGAUGAUCUGAAGGACUUCCUCCUGCAGAUUUUCACCGUGUUCAGGAUCCUGAUCCGACCAGAGAUGUUCCCGAAGGACUGGACCGUCAUGCGGUUGGUGACCAACAAUGUCAUCAUCACGACUGUUCUUUAUCUCUCUGAUGCCUUGAGGAAAAACUUCCUCAAUGACAAGUUUGACUACAAAGUGUGGGACUCGUACUUCUAUCUCUCUGUGAUAUUCAUCAACCAGCCUUGUCUUCAACUCGAGUCCUUCUCUCCCUCCAAGAGGAAGAAAAUACUUGAGAAGUAUGGAGACAUGAGGGUGAUGAUGGGCUGUGAGAUAUUCAGCAUGUGGCAGAAUUUAGGGGAACACAAAUUGAAUUUCAUCCCAGCCAUGAUUGGGCCAUUUUUGGAGGUGACGCUGGUGCCCCAGCCGGACCUGAGGAAUGUCAUGAUCCCCAUUUUCCACGACAUGAUGGACUGGGAGCAGAGACGCAGCGGAAACUUUAAGCAGGUGGAGGCCAAGCUCAUAGACAAGCUGGACAGCCUGAUGUCCGAAGGCAAAGGAGACGAAACCUACAGAGAACUCUUCAAUAGCAUAAUUCCUCUGUUUGGUCCGUACCCUAGCCUGCUGAAAAAGAUCGAGAGAGAGACAUGGCGGGAGAGUGGUAUCUCUUUGAUUGCUACUGUCACUCGGCUAAUGGAGAGACUGCUAGACUACAGGGAUUGUAUGAAACUGGGAGAAGUGGAUGGCAAGAAAAUUGGCUGUACUGUCAGUUUGCUGAACUUCUACAAGACCGAGUUGAACAAAGAGGAAAUGUACAUCCGCUACAUACACAAGCUCUACGAUCUGCAUUUGAAAGCACAGAACUACACAGAGGCCUCCUACACCCUACUACUAUAUGAUGAGCUGCUGGAAUGGUCAGAGAGACCUUUGCGAGAAUUCCUCAACUACCCAAUGCAGAGCGAGUGGCAGAGGAAAGAGUACCUCCAUCUCACCAUCAUCCAGAACUUUGACAGGGGCAAGUGUUGGGAGAAUGGUAUCAUUCUUUGCAGGGAGCUGGCUGACCAGUACGAGUCUUACUACGACUACAGAAAUCUGAGCAAGAUGAGGAUGAUGGAGGCCUCUCUCUAUGACAAGAUCAUGGACCAACAAAGAUUAGAGCCGGAAUUCUUCAGGGUGGGCUUCUACGGAAAGAAGUUCCCUUUCUUUCUGAGGAACAAGGAGUUUGUGUGCCGGGGCCACGACUACGAGAGGCUGGAGGCCUUCCAGCAACGAAUGCUCAACGAGUUCCCUCAUGCUAUCGCCAUGCAGCACGUCAACCAGCCCGACCAGACCAUAUACCAGGCCGAGGCUCAGUACCUGCAGAUUUAUGCCGUCACCCCCAUCCCAGAGAGUCAAGACGUGCUGCAGCGGGACGGCGUGCCGGACAACAUCAAAAGCUUCUACAAGUUUAACCACAUCUGGAGGUUCAGAUAUGACCGGCCUUUCCACAAGGGGACCAAGGACAAGGAGAACGAAUUCAAGAGCCUAUGGGUGGAGAGGACCACGCUGACCCUGGUCCAGAGUUUACCGGGAAUCUCCCGCUGGUUCGAGGUGGAAAAGAGAGAACUGGUGGAGGUGAGCCCGCUGGAGAACGCCAUCGAGGUGAUCGAGAACAAGAACCUGCAGCUGCGGACGCUGAUCACCCAGUGUCAGAGCCGGCAGAUGCAGAACGUCAACCCCCUCACCAUGUGCCUCAACGGGGUCAUCGACGCCGCCGUCAACGGAGGACUCGCACGCUACCAGGAGGCCUUCUUUGUCAAGGAUUACAUCAUGAACCACCCCGAGGACGGAGAGAAGAUUGGGCGACUGAGAGAGCUCAUGUUUGAACAGGCACACAUCCUGGAGUAUGGCCUGGCUGUGCACGAGAAGGUUGUUCCCCAGGACAUGAGACCUCUUCAUAAAAAGUUAGUGGAUCAGUUCCACCUGAUGAAAUCCAGCCUGGGCAUACAGGAGUUUCCGGCCUAUGUGCGCGCCAGCCCCGUGCACUUCACCAACGGAAGCCCACGCACAUGCAGAAACUCUGUGCCCAACAUCAUUAGCCCAGAUGGUGGCAGAGGAGUUGCCAGACGCAGUCCCCUCAGCUACCCUGCAGUGAAUCGCUACUCGUCGUCCUCGCUGUCAUCUCAGGCCUCCAAUGAAGUCAGCAACAUCACGGGGCAAUCGGAGAGCUCCGACGAAGUCUUUAACAUGCAGCCCAGUCCAUCUACCUCAAGCCUCAGCUCCAACCACUCUGCCUCGCCCAACGUCACCAGCUCAGCCCCCUCCAGUGCCAGAGGUUCCCCCCAGAUGGCAGACAAACACAAGCAUUCCAGAGAAAACGCCUGUCUCUCUCCACGAGAGAGGCCAGUUAGUGCCAUCUACCCCAUCCCCCUGGACACUGUGCAGAGAGCCCCUCCGCAUCAGAUAGGUGACACCACUCUACCAAGGAGUGACCCCAACCUCUCAGCGCCGGAUAAAGUGAGACCCACACCCAGUAGCUGGAGCCUAGACAGUGUCAAGGAGAGCGCUCCACACUUCUCUGACUCUGUGGGCAAAUUGCUAUGCCCUCCUGUCCCUCCUAGGCCACCAUAUUCAGCAGGCUCUUCGGCUAAGAGCAUGAGGUCACAGUCUCCUGUCUCCACGUCCAGAUCACCUCAGAAGAGCACUGCACCACCCUUCACCCCCUCGCCCACCGAGUGCCAGUCUGCCGGCCUGGUCUCCAACUCUCCCGUCCUCUCUGGCAGCUACAGCAGCGGCAUCUCCUCCCUUAGCCGCUGCAGUGUCUCCGAGGCAUCGGGCACCGAGUUGCCGACAGGUGACCAUCCGCCCCACCCCAUGCCCCCGCCCGCCACCAUGUCUAACUCUGUCUCUUGCAGCUCAGACGAACCCAUUCGCCGAGAGAACAAGACCCCCCCUCCCUACAGUGUAUAUGAGAGGAACAACCCACGUAGGCCCGUGCCGCUGCCCCACAGCCUCUCCAUCCCUCCCCAGAUGGACCCCCCGGCCCUGCCGCCAAAACCCCACCAGCUCCGCACGGGCAGCAUGAAGCUGGACCCUCCCCCGUCUGACCCCAGAGUCCCCAGACCCAGGCCACUGCCCAGGAAGGUCUCCCAGCUAUAGAGGUGCCGGGCCAUACCCCAACCUGGUAGAGGGUGGAUAGAAGGAACACACUGGCGCGUUUUGCACUUUUCUUCAUGGGCACUCACUCACUCUUUGUUUCUUUCUUCUUUUUUUUUAAUCUUCAGUUCGACACUCCUGACCAAUUAGUCUAACGAAUGACAAACAGAUUGACAUGCAGUCAAAAAAAGGAAGACUGUCGAAUUGAGGCAGUUUCUUUUUAUAUACUAGAGGGCAUUGCAUAGACUUCUUCAUUCCGCACUUUUAGCUCUAGUACGCACCGGAAGUCACCAUGGUCAAUCACAACAUAUGUUUACUGGAUUGGUCCAAAAGAAAAGAAAAAAAAGACAUUUUUGAUAGAUGUAAUAAUCCCAAUAUAUGUAUAUUGGUAUAUAUGAGAAGUGUUCUUGCCUUAAGUAUUGGAAACAGAGUCUUUAUCCGUGAGUCUUGCACGUUUUUUGAGUACUCUGUACUUUUGUAUCCUGUAUGGCUAAAAAAGGUGCUAGAGAUCUCACGUAGGCAUUUCGGUUUAGUGACGUAGGCGAGGGUGUGUUCCCAUAGUCGCAUCCACACUGGCGAUAGAAAUGCUGAGUAAAAAACAAGUCAUUGCGUAAUCCAAGUUUAUAACUGACAAACUGAAAGAGAUGUCAGUUUCGCACCUAUUUGUUGCUGUUAUACCCGUAUUUUUAUGGUGGUAAAACUAAUAACUGUACCAUGGCGUUUUUACUCACUGAUGUACAAAAGUCAUACAAGUUGUUUUCACCACAGUCCUAAAAGUGACUCAGUGUCAAAUUCUGGUCAAAGUAGUUUUUAAUUGGGUGUCCGGGUAGCGUGGUGGUCUAUUCCGUUGUCUGCCAACACGGGGAUCGGCGGUUCGAAUCCCCGUGUUACCUCCGGCUUGGUCGGGCGUCCCUACAGACACAGUUGGCCGUGUCUGCGGAUGGGAAGCCAGAUGUGGGUAUGUGUCCUGGUCGCUGCACUUGCGCCUCCUCUGGUCAGUCGGGGCGCU